AAAAAAUUAAUCAUUUUGAAUAAAAAUUAUUUGAUUGUUAUGUUUUCACCCCCAAAAUUUGAAAGUGAAUCAAAAUCAAUCCAUAAUUAAUAAAAGAUUUAAGAAAUGUCAUAGAAGAAGGGUAAUCUUGUAUAAAGUAGUUCUUAGUAGUAUGUGAAUUCAUUUUAAGGAACUACAGUCCAACUACAAAAACAGAAUAAUGAGGCUUAAAAUUAAUUCUCAAGUCAGCAAAAUCAAUAGCAAUUUAACCUUGCUAAUGAAAAUACAAAUUUAAUUCAAAAUCUAAUUUUAGGAUAUAAGAAUAGCAAAGAUUAUGAAUAGCAAACUAAAGAGCAGUAGGGUACUAGGUCUAUGAAUAACCUUCACUAGGCCUAAUAGGCUUCUCAAAAUAUUUAAUAUUAACAAUUAUAAAGAAGCUAUUAAAAGGAAUAGGUAUCUGCAUUUAAUCCAAACACUGGUAGCAAUAUGAAAAAUGAUAAUAGUUUAAAUUAAUCAAACGAUUAUGUUAUUGCAAAUUCUGCUUAAAAGAAUCAAAAUACGAGUAGUUACUACUAGAAUUUGUAGACUAAUUAACAUAUUUCAGCUGCUGAUUUCUUAGUUAUGAAUGGUAAUAAAAUUACCUGUGGAAAUGCCAAUUGUAAUUGUAGUGAAAGUAGCUGGGCUUUAGUCAGAGAUUAUCUCAAGCAAUUAAAGUAGUUAUCAAGCGAGCAUCUAUUUACUAGUCAAGAAAAUAAAAGACUCUUAGAAUAAAACUAAGAGUUGCUUAAUGAGAAUUUAAAUUUAAAGAAUUAGAUUAGCAUUAUGGAGCAAAAGAUGGUUUUAUAUGAAAAAGAAAAUAUGAAUAAAUUGAAUAGCAAUAAAGAAAAAAUAAAAUCUUUAGAAAUUUUCAACAAAGAUUUAUUUAAUAAAAUUACAUAUUACGAGCAAGCUAUUCUUAAUUAUGAGCAAGAGCUAAAAAAUGUCAGGCAAGAAUGUUACUAAAAGAUUUAACAAGUAGAAGAUGAAAAGGAAUAUUUAAAACAGAACUUGGAAACUCUGCAUGACACCAUGAAUGAUGCUAUUGCCUCUAGUGAAGAAAGAUAUAAAUCUAAAAUAGAAAGCAAAAAUAGUAAAAUUAAAUAGCUCAAACAUCAAGCUAAUACUGAUAAAAACCUUAUUGAAAGCUAUCAGACAGAGCUUGUUCAGCUUCAAACAGAAAACAAGCAACUUAAAGAUGACUUGGAGUCUCUCUAGUAGGCAUACACCUAAUAGCAGUAUGAAAAUGAAGAUACCCUUCAUAAAUUUUAGAUGCAAGAAAUAGAAUUACAAGCUUCUUACAAAUUAUGUGAAGAACUAAGAAAGAAAAAUGAAGAAUUAUAAAAUCACAUUGCUUUAUUAAUAAACAAUUAAUAAUUUGAAGGAGAAGAUAAAUUGAAAGCUUAUUAACAAAUAAAUUAGUAGUAAAUUUCUUAACUUUAUAAUGAAAACUAAGAUUUGAGAAAGGAGCUCCAAGAGUGGCAAGAAAAAGCUUAAGUUUUGAAAGAAGGCAUAGAAAUGGAAACUGAAAAGAGCUCAACUUUAAUCAAAAAUCUCCUAAUUCAUAUGAAAACACUAAUUGAGACUAAGGGGAAAGAAGAUAUUGAAGAGCAGGAAAGCCCCUAUUUUACUUAAUAGUACAUGCAAUUAGACAUAUUUGAAGAAGUUAGAUCUUAAAUUAUUAAAUUGAUAAGUUCUAGACACUCUCUCAAAAAGAAAAAGAAAGCUUUGCAACAAAAAAAUGAUGAUUUAAAAGAAUAAAUAGAAGAUCUCUAAAAUACUUUGCAUUAAGUUGUCAAUGAAAGAUAAGAAGAAAUCAUUCAAAAUGAACAAUAACAAAUAUAAUUGCAGCUUCUUUAAUAACAACAGCAACUUGAUUAACAUUUACUAUAACAAAAUUAAAUGUAAAAUAGGUAAAACUUAGAAGAAAUUUAAUAGCAAACACAAAUAAAUUCUGCUUAAUCAACUCCUAUUUCACAGUUCCAAAGAAUUUCUGUUAAAACAGCUAUUCCUCAAUCCUCUUAUCACAAUUAACAGUUAAUUAAUGCAUAGAAUUGGAUUGAAGACUCAACUGUGCAACAAAAUAGAGGAUCUCAAAUGAUAUCCUUCUAAAAUCCAAAUUUGAACAACUCUCAAAAUAAGAUCUCUAAUGUUGAUUUAUAAUAAAUAAGAAGGAGUGUAGCUCAAAAUGUCAACAAUAUAAGUUUAAAUUAAGAUAAUUAAUAAAACAUGAUAAAUCCUUAGUUGAUUAACAGUUAAGAAAGCGAUUAUGCUAGAUAUUAAAGCCAAAUUGACGAAAUCUUAACACUUAAGGAUACUCACUAUACCACUAUAAUUAAUGAUUUGCAAAAGCAAUAAACAGAAGCAAACAAUAACACUAGCUGUAUAGUUUAUAUCCUCUGUAAAAUUAUUUAAAAUCAUUAAUAGAGAAUAGCUAGACUCAACGCUCUUUUAAAAUAACAAACAUAAAUUGUUUUUGCCUUUACAGAUUCCUAUAAAAUUUCAAAAUAAGCAGAAGAAAAACCUAAAAAGUUGCUAUAAAAAUUAAAAAAUGUUUUUAAUUAAGCAAUAUUCAUUAGUAGACUAAAGAAUGCAUCCAUAAAUAGUAUUUCAAAAGGAAGAUCAUCAUUAAAAUUGUUGUCUCUAAAUUUAGCUAACUUAAAUAAUGGACAAGGCUUAAAGAAAUAUGUUACUAGUAUGAUUAAAGACCUAGAAGGUGAUUUUGGUUUAUACAGUUCAAUAAAAUAAAUUGUAGAAGGUAGUACAUAGCUAGAAAGCAAUCUCUCGUUAUAAAUAGUUAAAUUUUAGCAAAAUAAAUUUGAUUAGCUCAUAAAUCUGAUUGAUGAAAAAUAGAAAGAUUACUAAAAUUAAUUUCCUAUCUUUUUGAGUUAAACUCAAACAAAGCAAGUUAAAAUUAACUAAUAGUAAAGUGAAAGAUAAAAGCACUCUUAAUAAUCAAGCAAAAUAGGCGAAUCUGUUGAAGGCAGUGGAAGAAAGAAUGAUAUAAUGAAUGAGAAGGAAAUCAUAGAAACAGAAAAUAUCUAGCUCAAAAACCUAAUAGUAAAUUUAAAGGAAGAAAAUGAGGAAAUAAGAAACAAAAUUUAAGAGUAAACUAGAAACUAUGCUAAGGUAAUCGAAAACUAUGAAUUUCAGAUAUAAAAGCUACAAAACGAAAAUGAAAUACACCUCGAAAAAAACAGUAAGUUGAUAGAUAUGAUAGAUCCAAAGAAUAGAGCAAUUUUAGAGUAAUAACCAUUUUUAAAUGACAUUUAAUACGACGAUUUUUUGGAUUCCUAAGAUUAAAAUAUUAACGAUAUCAUUCCUAUUUCCACAAAUCCAAAACUCGAUGAAAACAAAGAACAAACAAACUGA